UCCUUCAUGGUGUCGCUGAUCACUCCUCAUACUAACCCUUCCGCUGAGCAUCGAGGCUCCACCACCAGACCACGCAGGGAUAUGGACACUUUCACAUUCCUCCUUCUGUGUGGGCAUCUUUCCAGAAAACAGUCCCUUCUGCACCACACCCGAGAAUGUGGAGCUCAGAUGUAGAAAGGAUGCUGAAGAUCAGGUGAGAAGUGUUUGCUUUAUUUGAGCCUAAAGUCUCUGUUAUGGUCUUGACAACAUGGUUCUUAUUUUGGUGGUGCUGUGGACAUUAUGGACUUCUCAUGAGCACUGUUCCACAUUCACACCGAUGCCCUAUUUAAAUAAUUAUCUGCUUGGUUCCCCAUUUCCUGUCAUUGUUUGCUGUGUGGACUGUUGUUGAUUAGUUUGGACCUACAGCCGUAGCUGGAGAAUGAACUGAGGCAUGUUUGCCCUUUAAUGCGCACACAUCAUGUUUUAUGCAUGUUCCUUCCUUCAGCGCUAGUUUGAGCAGCUUGUGUGCCAGAAACACACAGUUCAUAUAAAACCAGCUCCAUCUAUCGAAUCCUGUGAUCUUGUCGGCUACUUGUCUAACCUUCAUAUAGGUGCUGAGCUGUUAAUGGCCCAGGGGGACUUUAAGGUGGUUUCAUAUUAUGCCACUAAUGACAGAAAGGAGACAAAUUCAAUUUAGUUUACGUUUGAAGGCACGUUACAGGCAGCACUUCCCAGAACACAGCAGCACAGCUGAGUAGGGUUCUCUAGAAUUCCCACAAACCCCAAACAGAACAGAACCAACGUCCAGCAGAACCAGCUCAAGGUGGCAGCUGGGUGGGGAGGUGGAGAAGGUUUGUGUCAAAACCUGCAGCCCUGUGUCACACUGAGGCCCGAGUCUCAGUCCACCUCACUCAUGUAACAUUCAGAAUGCAAGACUUAGUGAGACCACAGCCAAGCGAACUGAGCAAUCAAGAAACAGUAGUGUUGGGUUACAUGAUGAAAUACGGCAGCAGCCUCCAUUCAAUGUCUCCAGGUUGUGUCACGUUUUUCAUUUCUCACCAUCUGAGCCUUUAUUUAUCUGUUCUUGGUGCUGUAGAUCUACGGACACAAAGGAGUAAACUGCUAGUUUCCUCGGCCUGUCGACAGUGAAAACGUCUCAGUUAACUGUUAAGUUUUCAACUUUGAUCACCAAAAUCAAAUCAAGCCAUCCUUGGGUCCAAGUGGACAUUUUAAAUAUUUCAUGUUCUCAAAUACUCAAAAGUUCCUUCAGACCUUUUGCUGUGUCACUCGUCUCCUCCCCACCAGCUCUUCCUCCCCCUCCUCCAGCUCAGUGGCAGGUGAGGAGCAGCACAGCCCCAGCUCCUCCUCGGUGUCUCUGGACUCCAGUGUUUUCUUCAGGGAAACAGCGACGUCCUGCGUCAGUGAUCCACUGAGCCUCUUUGUCAUCAACGUUGGGGGAAGUCGGUACGUCCUGUCACAAGAGCUGCUGGCAUCCUACCCCGAGACCCGGCUGGGGAAGCUAGCCUUUUGUGGUCGUGACUCGGCCCUGGAGCUGUGUGACGAUGUCGACUUCAUGGAGAAUGAGUUCUUCUUUGACAGAAGCUCACAAACCUUCCAGUAUGUGAUGAACUAUUACCGGACUGGUCACCUGCAUGUCCGGGAGGAGCUGUGUGAGAUUUGCUUCCUGCAGGAGAUUGAGUAUUGGGGAAUCAAUGAGCUUCGCAUCAACCCUUGCUGCCGCGAGCGCUACUAUCACCACAAGGACCAGAAGGAGACAGUUGAUGUACAGAGUGAGAGAGAGUUUCAUGCUGACAAAGGUGAAGAGGACUUUGUGGGUGCCGCCUGCCCGUCCCUCCGCCAGCGCCUGUGGGACCUGCUGGAGAAGCCUGAUUCAUCACUGGCUGCCCGCACCUUUGGCUCGCUUUCAGUCUUCUUCGUGGUGGUGUCAGUAAUCAACAUGGUGCUCAUCUCCCUGUACCUGGGGGAGGACUUCGGUGGGGCAGCACCUCUGCUCUUGGAGACCCUCGAGUAUGUGUGUGUGGUGUGGUUUACAGGCGAACUGGCCCUGCGGUUUCUCUGUGUGAGGGAUAAGUGCCAGUUCAGCCGGAGCAUUCCCAAUGUCAUCGACCUGCUAGCUAUCCUGCCCUUCUACGUGACACUGCUGGUGGAGAGCCUCCAUGGCGGAAGUACCGAGCUGGAGAACAUGGGCCGAGUGGUGCAGGUUCUACGACUCCUCCGGUCCCUGCGGAUGUUGAAGCUGGGCCGACACUCCACAGGCCUGAAGUCUCUGGGUCUGACCAUCGCUCAGUGCUAUGAGGAAGUCGGUCUCCUGCUCCUUUUCCUCGGCGUCGGCAUCUCCAUUUUUGGAGCGCUGGUCUUUGCUCUGGAGCGCGACGUCCCCGCCACCACCUUCAGCAGUGUGCCGGCCGCCUGGUGGUGGGCCACCACCUCCAUGACCACCGUGGGCUACGGAGACAUCCGACCCGACACGGUCACUGGGAAGGUGCUGGCCUUCCUCUGCAUCCUGUCUGGGAUCCUGAUCCUGGCGCUCCCCAUCGCCAUCAUCAACGACCGCUUCUCAGCCUGCUACUUCACCCUGAAGAUGAAGGAGGCUGCCGUGCGGCACAGGGAGGUGCUGAAGAGGCUGGCCCGCAGCUCGGUGGGGGGAGCGGGGAAACUCGGGGCAGGCGUGAACCUGAGGGACGCCUAUGCCCGGAGCAUCCUGGAGAUGGUGAGGCUGCGGGGACGGGAGAGGGCGAGCACCCGGAGCAGCGGGGGGGAGGAGCUGUGGUGGUAGAACCUGAACAGGUGUCACUGAGGAGCCAGGACCUGGACCUGAUCAGGAAUUCUGGUGUUUGAAGACAUUUCGUUGACUGAAGUCUUUUAUUGUUUAGCACCCACUAGACAAUGUCUGUGUAUUACUUUCUUAUUUUGCUUUGAAACAAAUAAUUACAAUGAAUAUGUGAAUUAAAUUCCAUAAAAUCUUUUUCAAACACAAAUUGAUGCGAAGCAGUUUAACCUUAGAGUCAAUUGAAUAGCGGUUUAAGUUGCUGUUUGUAUUGAAAUUUUUCCAUGUUUGCUUUGAGAAAAAGUUGACGGUUGUAGUUUGGUCUGGUCGUCUGUGAUGAGCUUGAGCCUCCUCAUUUAACAAACAUGUGGGAUCUUCUGUCUGACAGAAGGUUCCAUGUGAGAAGGUUGAGAGAACAAAGAAAAGCCACCAGAACAGAACGCACAGAUCUGACCUUGACCUUGACUUCUGCUUGGGUGCUCAUCAUCAUUAGGGAGAUAUUUAGGUUUCCUGAAGGCAAACUGUUGUGGAGUCAUUACUUUAAUUUAUGGGUUCAGUCAGAAACCUCAAAUUAACCUCAAGCAGCUCUGAGUAUUUGGGUCUAAGAAGGAAAUGUGUGUGAGAGCUUUAAUGUGUCUGUUAGAACAGCAGCUUAGUCUGUAACAGCUGCAGCAGCAUAAGCAUCCGUUUCCUUUUUAAAUGAAUCAGAUGCAAAUGAGAUGUUCCAGUUUUCGUCUGGCCAGAGGAAGCUCAGUGAAUUCAGGUCAGUUAUGAGAGGCCUGGGAAUGAAAAGCAGCUCGGACAAACUCAGGCAGCCACACCACGAGGAGUAACCGAGCCCUGCAGCACAUGGACAAACACACCCUACUAAACACUGGCAUCAACUCCAUUUCCAGCAGCACCAGCUGACAGCCCUGGUGUCACCGUGGCAACCACACCCUGGAACAUGUCAGGGCUAUUUGCAGGAAGACACAUCACACUACGCGCGAACACACACAGGUGGAACGAGGAGCUCAUACCCAUGAAUCAAAGCAUUUUUAAGAGAAAUGUGAGAUUUUCAGAAGACGCGAGGUGAGGAGAGCAGCCAACACACGUGUAGAACAUCUGAACUUCUCUCCACAACCACUUCCUUUUACAGAGCUUCCCAGUAAAUUCCUCUGUCCUACUUUCCUUCAUCUCAGAGGAGAACAGCUUGUCAUGCCUCCAGUCUGCAAUGGUUCCCCAGGGAACCUACUGCUUUUGCUAAGUUAUAGUUUUACUUGUUUCUCUGUGUCUUUUUAUUUCACAGAUAAAAUGUUAUCGACCUAAAGUUGAAACACGCUGAAUCCUGGACUGACUCAGGUCUAAAGAGGCCAUGAUGCGGAUGCUUCCUCUGGGGUUCAUCCCUGCCCCCUGAGGAUGGGAAAGCUGUGAAGGGACACAAUCAUAGUUUAUUUUCUGUUCCAGGCCCAUUUAUUUCAUUAAAAUAGACCCAUAUUUAAAAUAAAUGAAUACUGAUUAGGAA